AUGCCCCCCAAGAAGAAAGCAGGCAAAGGCGGCAAGGACACUGGCGAAGGAGACGGUCUGACCCGUAUUGCCAUUGUCAGUGCCGAGAAAUGCAAACCCAAGAAAUGCCGUCAAGAGUGUAAAAAGUCGUGUCCCGUCGUCAAGCUGGGGAAACUCUGUAUUGAAGUGGGGCCCACCAGUAAACUCGCCUUUAUCGCGGAGCCUCUUUGUAUUGGUUGCGGUAUCUGCGUCAAGAAAUGUCCCUUUGAAGCCAUCAACAUUAUCAACUUGCCCAAGGAUCUGGAACGGAAUACCACCCACCGAUAUGGACCCAACUCGUUCAAGUUGCAUCGAUUGCCCAUGCCGCGUCCGGGACAGGUACUGGGAUUGGUCGGGACCAAUGGAAUUGGGAAAUCCACCGCACUCAAAAUCCUGGCCGGAAAAAUGAAACCCAAUCUAGGACGAUACGAUUCUCCACCCGAUUGGGAAGAAAUUCUAGUUCAUUUUCGAGGAUCCGAAUUGCAAAAUUACUUUACCAAGGUACUAGAGGAUACACUCAAGGCAACCAUCAAGCCACAAUACGUCGAUCACAUCCCGCGGGCCAUCAAGGGUAAAGUGGGAGAAAUCCUCAAAAUGAAAGAUGAUAGAUCAGAAGCAGAAGGCAAAGAUGUGCUGGGAUGGGCACUCAGAGAGGCCGAGUUGGAACAUCUCGUCGAUCGGGACAUUCGUGUCUUGUCGGGAGGUGAACUACAGCGAUUCGCCAUUUCCGCCGUCGCCGUCCAAAUUAGUGAUGUAUACAUGUUUGAUGAACCAUCGUCCUACCUGGAUGUCAAACAACGUCUCACCGCCGCCGCCAUGAUUCGAGAAAUCCUAGAGGCAACCAAUGGUGAUCGGCGUUUUGUCAUGGUCGUCGAGCACGAUUUGGCCGUUUUGGACUACCUGAGUGACUUUGUCUGUGUCCUGUACGGACAGGCUGGAGGAUAUGGAGUCGUUACCAUGCCUCACAGUGUGCGCACGGGGAUCAAUGCUUUCCUCGCUGGUUUCAUCCAUUCCGAGAAUCUUCGAUUCCGUGAUCAUGCUCUUUCCUUCAAGGUUUCAGAGCGUGCCGAGGAAGAGAAAAAGGUGGACAUCAUGAAAGCAUACAGCUACCCCGACAUGACAAAGACCCAAUCUCGGGAUAAAUCCAAGUUCAUCUUGCACGUGGACAAAGGAGAAUUUACAGACUCUGAGAUCAUCGUCUUGUUGGGAGAAAAUGGUACCGGAAAGACUACCUUUGUUCGUAUGCUGGCUGGACUCCUCAAGAGUGAUGAACAGGUCAAGUUCGAGGAGGAAGGCUAUGACUACGAAGCCUCCCAGGCCGGAGUGCCAGAUUUGAAUGUCAGCUACAAACCACAGAAAAUCUCACCCAAGUUUCAGGGAACGGUUCGACAACUUUUGCACAAGCGCAUUCGUGAUUCGUACGUGCAUCCCCAGUUCAUCUCGGAUGUCAUGAAACCCUUGGUGAUCGACAAUAUUAUCGACAAUGGCGUCCAGACGCUUUCUGGUGGAGAAUUGCAACGUCUGGCCAUUGUCCUGGCCCUAGGAAAGCCUGCGGAUGUGUAUUUGAUUGAUGAACCCAGUGCCUACCUCGACUCGGAGCAACGUAUCAAUUGUGCCAAGGUGAUCAAGCGGUUCAUCAUGCACAGCAAGAAGACUGCCUUUGUCGUGGAGCACGAUUUCAUCAUGGCAACCUACCUUGCUGACCGUGUUGUGGUGUACCACGGUAACCCAGGAGUAGAAGCUACGGCUUCUGCCCCGCAGUCGCUGCUGACUGGUAUGAACCAGUUCCUCAAGAGUUUGAAGGUGACAUUCCGUCGUGACCCUACCAACUUUCGUCCGAGAAUCAACAAGAAGGGCUCCCAGAAAGAUUGUGAACAAAAGAAGAAUGGCAAUUACUUCUUCUACGAUGAUGGCGCGGAUGACGAGGAGGAGGAGGACAUUGACGACUUCGAUCUCUAA